AUGGACGGUUUCCAAAACUAUUGUCUCGUCUGCGAGCGCCUGAUCGUGCCGCCCGCCGACCCCGAGGCUGAGAAGGCGGUCAAGUCGCCGUCAAAGAAGAAGGCUGCCGGAUCCAUCAGGAUACGGAAUCCUGACGGUACCACGACGACGCGCACUGCCAACGGUGUCAAGCACACCAAGCUUGCGCCGCGUCGCCCGGCGUCGACGAAGUCCCAACCGACGACGAGCAAGUCGGACACUGACGUAACCCACCCCGACCUUUUGGCGGUUCCUGCCGGCGGCGACUCGCCUUCUGCCGAAAAGGUCGUUCAGCCAGUGUUCACUUCGACGAUCUACUGCUCAGAGGCGUGCCGUGACCAGGACUACGGAUCAAGUCAUCAGACCUACGAGGACUUUGUUCGCGUCUUCGGCAACCCCGAAGUGGCUACGCUGCGCAGCAUGCCUGCCGUCGCCCCUCCUUCGCCGAUUCUUGGCUCUGACACGGAUUCGUCGGCUUCUGUCUCUGGACUUCUCGCCCCGCUGUCAUCUACGCCCACCACGACCGACACUGUCUUCUCCGACACGGCUUCGGUGCCCAAGGGCAUGGACUACUUCCGCAUGGGCCGAAGACAGUCUGACGACUGGAAGGAGCUUGAGCGCAAGCGCCGCUCUUCGAUGAACACGACUCCCAUCACUGUCACGUCUGUUCACAUCCAGCUGCAGAUGUCUCGCCAGCGCUCGAGCGCCAGCCGUUCCGCUGCCUCGGCUGCUUCGAGCGACUCGCUCUCCUCCCUGUGGCAGGACCAGGAGAUGCACCGCACCAUGUCCCUGAGCGGUGCAGUGCGCUCCAUGGCCCCGAUCCACCAGGAGGGACGUCACAUGUCGACCUCGUCUGAGGGCGGCGGCAACGCCGCUGGUCCCCGUCCUUUCGCGCGAAGCAAUUACUCGCAGUCGUCGCUCGCUGGCAUGACCUCGCCUACCGGAUCUGGCUACGUUCUGCCCGCCCAGGUCGGAUCUGCGCCUUCCGCCACGGCCUUCCUCAUGCACACCUACGCGUCCGCCUUCCCCGCUCGGGAUAUGACGAUCUCGCCGUCGCUGCGUGCUACUCCCAUUCCGGGCAGUGUCACUCCCGACAACCGUCACUCGGUCCUUGCCUCUCCUGGCAACGGCACCGUGCGCGGAUCGUACACCCCGAGCCGCUCGCGCACCAACUCGGGCGCGACCUGGGAUGCUUUCGGCAAGGCUGAGGUCCGUGAGCGUCAGCGCGUCGCCCGCAAGUACUCGAACGCUUCCGAGGUCGACUCGGUUGCCUCUUCCAUCCCCCGUGAGGCUCCCUCGUCACUCGACCUGCACCGCGUUCGCGGCCGCGGCGAGAGCAACAAGGACGUGACUCCCACUCAGUCUCUUGAGAUGGAGAACGGUGGCUGGCAGAUCCGUUACGGCCACCGCUCGGCGAGCCGCUCCCGCUCUCGCUCUCGCUCGCGCACCCGUGAGGGCCGUGUCCCUCCCUCGCCCGCCCUCGGCACCAAGGCCAUGUCCAUCGCCCUCCCGAUUCCCCCUCGUGCCACGAAGGCUUCGUCUGUCUCGAAUGGCGUCUCCGCUGCGUCUGCGACUCGCUCGGCUUCGGGCACGGGCACUCCCCGCACGCCCCAGUCUCGCCUCCGCCGCGAGUCGCGCCCGACCCGCCCCCAAUCGUCGAACGCGCUGCCCGACCUCGCCGCACUCCGCAUUGGCGCCUCGUGUGCCGCGGACACGUGUGUCUCGACUGAGACUGCGGCCGGUCGCUCUGUACCCCGCGCCGGUUUCGACUGGGGUGCGUCCGAGCACAAGACGUACGAGCUCCCCAAGGGCGUCGUUGUCAACCCCAACAAGGGGCUGUUCUACUUCAAAGCAUGA